UUAUAUAUAAUAUAAGCCGAGAAAAAUGGAAUUCUGAAGGGAACAAGUACAGCUGUUGCAUUCAAGUUCUUUGGCUGGUAUCUUAUAUAUUCUAUGCAAAGAACUCGGCGUAUUCUCCUGCCCCUGAACAUCUUAAAACAACAAUAUCCGAUUUAGAUUAUGAGUAACUGUUUCUACCAGAAUUCAAUCACUUGACAGAUGUUACUGGAUCUAUUGCUUCCCAUUCUCGUGGAAUUUUUUUCCUUUAAUUGUAUAUGGCUGUUGAACCUUUAAAAGAUGUGCUGUUUGCUGAAUUUUUUGGAGUAGGAGAAUUUAUUGAACUUUAGGGUAUAUGAUAUUCCUAGCAUUCCAUGGACUUGGAGGGUACUUCUGAGGGUUAAUUAUGAAAUGCAAUGCUUGCUGGAGGGAACUUGAAGGGAGAGCUGUCACCACAACCUGUGGUCACUUAUUGUGCACAGAAGAUGCAAGCAAGAUCCUUAGCAAUGAUGGAGCAUGCCCCAUUUGUGAUCAAGUUCUUUCUAAAAGAUUCAAUAACAAAUGUGAUGAUUUCAUUUCCUCUUACAUCCGGUUUCUGUUUAACAGCCUCAUGAAACCUGUGGAUAUCAAUCCAAAUGACGAAUGGGCAAAUAUGGCCAUGGCUGGCAUAUCACCUCAGACAUUGAUGAAAAGUGCAUAUAGAAGUGUAAUGUUCUAUGUUGGACAAAAGGAAUUGGAGAUGCAGUACAAGAUGAACAGACUCAUGGCGCAAUGCCGACAGAAAUGCGAGGUAAUGCAAGAAAAGUUUACUGAGAAACUAGAGCAGGUACAUUCUGCAUACCAAAAAAUGGCCAAGAGAUGCCAGAUGAUGGAACGACAAAUGGAGAAUUUAUCCAAAGACAAACAAGAGCUACAGGAGAAGUUUGCUGAAAAAUCCAGGCAGAAGAGGAAACUAGAUGAAAUGUAUGAUCAAUUGAGGAAUGAGCAUGAAUCACUAAAACGUUCGGCGAUCCAGCCCGUGACUAAUUUUUAUACAAGAAAUGAGCCCGAUUUAUUCUCAAACCCCGUUAAUUUGAUGGAUAACAGAGAAGCUAUGAGGAAAGACUGGAUGGUUUCUGCUCCUGAAACUCCAGGACCAAGAGAAGAAAUAUGGCCGACAAGACAGAAUAGUGGGAACUCUGGUCACUUCGACCUCUCCGUUGGGUCACCGGCAAAACAAGCUGCUCCAAUGGCAAUGGAAGCUGGGAACAGAAGGGCUGGAGCUCACACUGCAUUUGGAAGUGGAGCUGGAAAUCCCUCCAUGACUCUCCGAAACUUGAUUCUGUCCCCAAUCAAACGACCUCAGCUCUCUCGUCGUCCUCAAAUGUUCACAUUGUGAGAUGGAAGUUAAGUAGUUGAAAUUUGGCGGGAAAAAGCGCAGAUCAAUUGGCUUGAAGCUAAUGAAGGGUUACGGAAGAAUAUACGAUGUACCUUUUACUCUCUCUCUGUUUUUAAUCAUACGGUUCAUGAACCAACGGAAUAUAACACAGAUUAACUCCCAACACCUACACACACAUUUUUUUUUAUUUCUUGCGUGAGCUUUGAUCUUCACUACAUGAAAGAAAAAGGAAAACCCCCAAUAAACACAAAUGUAGAAAUCAUUAUCAACUAUUUCGAUGCAACAUCAUGCAAAGAGAACUCUUCUGAAGAAGGGCUCCCAUUGUUCCAUUUCCUUAAUAGAGAGCAAUUUUUAGGCA